UAAAAUUUAUCCAAAAUAAAAAUAAAUUCCAAAGAAAACGAAAAAAAGGUCGAUUAUUCUUCGCUUUGCCUUGAAAUCUCUUCAAUCUAUCUAUCUAUCUCCUCCAAAUCUCAAAAAAAAAAAAAAAAGAAGAGAAAAAUUGAAACUUUCCAAAUCGUCGUCAUCUAUCUUUCCUUUCUUUCAUAGCGAAUCGCGAGAUCUCGGAAUCGCAUCAUUUGAUUUUGGGAUACUGUCUUUGUUUUCCUUGUCUUUGUUUCUUUCUUUCUAUGAUUUUCACGUGAAUUUAAUUCUUAGCUGGCUAGGGCUUCUUCUACUUCUUGGAGAGCUUUCUUUCUUAGCGAGAUUUUUUUGGAGUCUGUUUUUUUUUUUUUUUUUUUUUUUUUUUUUUUUNUGUGUAUUUGGAAUUUUAGGGUUGUCUGAUUUUUGGUUUGGCUAUAGCGAGAAAUAUGGACAAGUACGAGCUUGUGAAAGACAUCGGUGCUGGGAAGUUUGGUGUGGCCAGGCUCAUGAAGGUUAAAAACUCCAAGGAACUUGUUGCCAUGAAGUACAUCGAGCGUGGUCCUAAGAUUGAUGAGAACGUGGCAAGAGAGAUCAUUAAUCACCGAUCACUUCGUCAUCCGAAUAUCAUUCGUUUUAAGGAGGUGGUGUUGACUCCAACUCAUCUUGCCAUUGCUAUGGAAUAUGCUGCUGGUGGUGAGCUCUUCGAGCGUAUAUGUACUGCUGGAAGAUUUAGUGAGGAUGAGGCAAGAUAUUUCUUCCAGCAACUUAUAUCAGGUGUUAGCUAUUGUCAUGCUAUGCAAAUAUGUCAUAGAGAUCUGAAGCUCGAGAAUACGCUCCUGGAUGGAAGCCCUGCUCCACGUCUGAAAAUCUGUGAUUUUGGUUAUUCCAAGUCCUCUUUGCUACACUCUAGGCCCAAAUCAACAGUUGGAACUCCAGCGUAUAUCGCACCUGAGGUCCUUUCUCGGAGAGAAUAUGAUGGCAAGAUGGCUGAUGUAUGGUCUUGUGGUGUGACUCUUUAUGUCAUGCUGGUUGGAGCAUACCCAUUUGAAGACCAAGAAGACCCCAAAAACUUCAGGAAAACAAUACAAAAAAUCAUGGCUGUUCAAUACAAGAUCCCGGACUACGUCCAUAUCUCACAGGAUUGUAAACAUCUCCUUUCCCGUAUAUUUGUUGCCAAUUCUCUCAAGAGGAUUACUAUUGCUGAGAUCAAGAAACACCCAUGGUUCCUGAAGAACUUGCCUAGGGAACUCACAGAGACAGCUCAAGCUACAUAUUUCAGAAAAGAGAACCCAACCUUUUCCCUCCAGACCGUUGAAGAGAUCAUGAAGAUAGUGGCUGACGCCAAAACGCCACCUCCGGUUUCUCGAUCCAUUGGAGGUUUUGGCUGGGGAGGUGCAGAAGGAAAGGAGGAAGAUGCAGAAGACGUGGAGGAUGAAGAAGAGGAGGAAGUGGAAGAAGAGGAAGAGGAAGACGAUGAAGAUGAAUACGACAAGACUGUAAAACAAGUACAUGCAAGUGGAGAAGUCAGAAUAAGUUGAUAUUUUGGUUUUUUGGUUUGUGUAAGAUAAAAAAAAAAGUUCUCCUUGGUUUUGUUGAAACUUAAAAAUUCUCUGUUCUUCUCGUGUUUGCCUUUUACAUUUGCUUUGGGUUUUGGUUUUUUCACUAUGGUUUUGGAGAUUUGUAAAAUUUGCAGUAUAAGAAAAACAAACAGAGGUUGAUGAUGAGUCUUUGCUACUACAUGUUACUGUGAACAUUGUAUAACCUCGAAUAAAGAUUUUGUAAUUA